CUCACUCGCAGCAAGUGGCAUGGCAACAACAGCGCUGUCCAACACCGCACGAUUUCUACCCGAAAAUAAUGGUGUGCUGAUAUAUUGUGAUUAAACCCCAAUUCCUGUCGUCCAAAAGUUCCGCACGGGGAUGUUUUGAUCCAGCUACAGCUGAAAGACUUUCACGCCAAUUAGAGAAACCAAUGAGUGGGUAAAACCACGGAAAUACGAAUCAAAAGCCAACCAUUUUUUUAUUAACAGUGUGUCGUAGUGUCCGUCUUAUGCGUUUGUGUUGGUGCGUGUGUGCGUGCGGCUGUUAGUGUGAGUUUUCCGUCGAAUCGCGAAAUCGAGAAUAUAGAAAGAUGUGCUCCAUUCGCUGGUGGUGAGCUAUAGCUAUAGCGAUAUCGCGAACGGGGGGCGAGUAGUCCGCAGCCCGAAAUCCAGAUCCAGAUCCAGGUCUAUAUCCAUUGAUUCUUUCGCCGCUGCAGCAUCCGCAGCGCCAGAAUUGCGACCCAUUGAAAACCCCACAAGACCCACAAAAUGCAACCCUCCCCGCUCCACUACUCCACGAUGCGGCCACAGGCGCCCGGAUCGCUGGUCGAUCCCAACGAGGACGAGCUUCGCAUGGCUCCAUGGUACUGGGGCCGGAUAUCGCGGGAGGAAGCCAAGAGUAUCCUGCACGGAAAGCCGGACGGCAGCUUUCUGGUGCGGGACGCCCUCUCGAUGAAGGGCGAGUACACUUUGACUCUGAUGAAGGACGGAUGCGAGAAGCUAAUAAAGAUAUGCCACAUGGAUCGCAAGUACGGUUUUAUCGAGACGGACCUCUUCAAUUCGGUGGUGGAGAUGAUUAACUACUACAAGGAGAACUCGCUGAGCAUGUACAACAAGACGCUGGACAUAACACUGAGUAAUCCGAUUGUCCGGGCCCGCGAGGAUGAGGAGUCGCAGCCGCACGGGGAUCUUUGUCUGCUGAGCAACGAAUUCAUCAGGACCUGCCAUCUGCUUCAGAAUCUUGAGCAAAAUCUCGAGAAUAAGCGCAACUCCUUCAAUGCGAUUCGGGAGGAGCUGCAGGAGAAGAAGCUGCACCAGAGCGUAUUCGGGAAUACAGAGAAGAUAUUCCGCAAUCAAAUCAAGCUCAAUGAAUCCUUCAUGAAGGCGCCAGCGGAUGCCCCGUCCACGGAGGCAGGAGGAGCCGGAGAUGGAGCUAACGCAGCCGCAUCCGCAGUGGCCAAUGCCAAUGCUCGUCGGAGUCUGCAGGAGCAUAAACAGACACUCCUCAACCUGCUCGACGCUCUCCAAGCCAAGGGGCAAGUCCUUAACCAGUACAUGGAGAACAAGAAAAAGGAGGAGCUGCUGCUCGAGCGACAGAUCAACGCCCUUAAGCCGGAACUACAGAUAUUGCAGUUGCGCAAGGACAAGUACAUUGAGCGCCUAAAAGGAUUCAACCUCAAGGACGACGAUCUGAAGAUGAUAUUGCAGAUGGGCUUCGACAAGUGGCAGCAACGUUAUGAGACAGUCUCCAACCAGCCGCACAGCAACGAAGCUCUAUGGUUGCUAAAGGAUGCCAAGAGGAGGGAUGCGGAGGAGCUGCUUAAGGGUUCGCCAUCGGGCACCUUCCUGAUUCGAGCGAGAGAUGCGGGUCACUAUGCUCUGUCCAUUGCCUGCAAAAACAUCGUGCAGCACUGCCUUAUUUACGAGACGAGCACCGGCUUUGGAUUUGCUGCCCCUUACAACAUAUAUGCCACGCUGAAGAGUCUGGUUGAGCACUAUGCCAACAAUUCGCUGGAGGAGCAUAACGACACGCUGACCACGACAUUGCGCUGGCCGGUCAUGUACUGGAAGAACAACCCGCUGCAAGUUCAGAUGAUCCAAUUGCAGGAGGAAAUGGAUCUGGAGUACGAGCAGGCAGCCACGUUGAGGCCGCCGCCAAUGAUGGGCAGCAGUGCGCCGAUUCCCACGAGUCGAUCCCGUGAACAUGACGUCGUAGAUGGAACUGGAAGCCUCGAGGCGGAGGCGGCUCCGGCCUCCAUUUCGCCCUCAAACUUCAGCACAUCGCAGUAGGAGCCGCACAUCAAAUCGCCCGCUAAACGAGCCCUCAACCUCAGGCUAGCUAUCUAUCUCUCUAAUUCUAGCUUGCUCUAAAGCCCUAACUCUCUCUAUCUCUAGAUAUAAACGCGGUUGCGGUCCAAAUAAUAGCACUGCAGGCUCUGUCAAAAGGCUUAAACUUGAUAUGCCAGUAUCAUUAAUUUAUUAGUAUGACUCGAAAGUCAAACAAAAAAGUGGUUUUCGGUUCAAAUGCUUUUCUUCAUAACAUCAAGGUUUUCGAUUACCCUAACAUGUAUUCAGAUUAGUAAUUUAGUGUCCUAACUGCCAAUAUAAUAUUUUUAUCUGAAAAGGGCUCCUUGUCACAACGCUAUUUCUUACGAUAUUGAGUAAUGAGAGCCAAAGUAACACGCGUUACAUAGUGUUACAAUCGCAAUGCUAUUAUUUCGGCCCUCGCCGAUUGUGUACAUCAGCAUAUAUAGUCUAUAUAUAUAUAUCUGUGCAUGAUUACUUUGUGUGUGUGAUGGAUGGCGUUGGCAGUUUAACUGUCCUCCGCCAUCCCCUCAAGAAUUAGAAGGCUCCAGAAACAAAAGAAAAACAAAGGGAAACGUUUUCGGUGAUCAUGUUUAACAGCUUGCUAGAAGCUCUUUGUAGAAGAACGAAAUUUUCUAAUUGGAAAGUAAUCUUAUUAACAAUACGAGUAAGAUUAAUUUUAUACAAACAUAUUUUUUUGUAAUACUGCAUUUCGCGUGAUAAUUGAUAAGUCGAGCUAUCUGUUGUUGCAUCAACGCCCUAUCCCGUAUCCAUUAUAAAUAUUGUUAUUACGCUGCGCGUUGUCUAAAGGGGCGGGGUAGGAUCGUGAAGAAAUUUUCUGCAUUUCUUCAGCACAUUUUGUCGUGUUCAUGUAAAUAUUCUAAAAACGAAACAAAGAAGCACACGCUUGCAAAACGUUUGCGAAAUCAGGUUAAGGUUUUGAUAACCUAGCUGCAACAGCUUUGGGGCCCCACCCCUUGAACUAAUAUUUGUUGUUAUAUUAUAACUGAUUUAAAGUAGUUUUAAGUGAAAUCUACGUACGUUUACUCGAUGUGAUCAGUUGAUUGUUGCUAACGUUAAUUUUCCUUCAAUUUUUUGUCAUUUUUUUGUUCAAAAACAAAGCCUUAAUUUUUAUAGAGAUAAAAACACACACACAACACAUAUACACUCAGUCGGAACAAAGAAAAAUUAAUGUACAAACGAAAAAAUGAAUUCAAGAGAACUUUACACGCAGAUGCAAAGAAAAGCAAAACAGCAACAAGCAAAAACAAAGUGCAAUCGAAAAUAUAAUAAUUAAAUUUUUAACAUUUGUUAAUUUAUACACGCAAUGAAAAAGGAAAAAACAAUAUGUUGCUCAUAUAAAACAAACCGUUGCAAUAGGGAAAAGCGCUGAUUACUUUUUUUUAUUUUACACAUCUGAUAUUAAGCAUAUACCUGUACGAAAUACUCUUUCCCAACAAAAUAAUUAUUCACCAGCUUUGUAUAAAUUUGAUUCUUGAAAGUUUAUAUCUAAUAACCCAUUGUUUUCGAGUAAGUAAUUAUUGAACCUCUAGCCGCGUUUUGGGAAAGAGUAUUUGUUUGGCUUUUCCUUGUUCUACUGUGCCACCAUUAUAUUAUAUCUCCAAAAUCUUCGAAAGCGUGCUGAAAGAAUGUUGACCUUUCUGUUUGCAUUCUCCCCUAUUGAAUUUGAGCGAUCCACUUACUAGCACACACAAAAACUGUCGCGUCUUUAAGAUAUUCUUACAUAUAUAGAUUCGAUGUAUUCAUUAAACUGUAUCUGUAUACUUUACCUGUAAUUCCUAAUUUAACUUAUUUAACUUGUAAUUUGUGUGUUUCAUUUUGCUUAAAUUCUAUGAGAUUUUGGCGGAUCUCGUACGUUGUAGUAUUUAUAAGUUUUAAAAUUAGUUUGUAAAAUGCGUUUCAAACAAAACAAACGAAAGCGAAAACAAUACAAAACAAAUAAGAACUCAAAAACAAAAAAGCAGCAGUGGAAGAUUGAAUGUUUUUCAAAUAUGAUUGAUUGAUGUCAAUAAUGUUUGCUAACUGAUAGAUGAUGACUUUUUGCCAUACCUAAAUGUUAAAUGGAAAUAUUUGUGAAUUUUUCUAUCUUUGCUCCUCGUCUGCAUUUUUGGCGCAGGCCGGAACAAGAAGAAUUAAAAACGAUAACAAUGAACGGCGACGAAACUGAAUGUAAAACGAAUUGCAAAUUUGUUGUAUUUUUUUAUAUGAAUAUAUAUAUAUAUAUAUAGAUAUUUAACCAUACAUACCUAUUAAGUAUGUAUGCUCUAGAAUGCUAUAUGUUGUAGAUCGUAAGCUAUAUGUUGUAGAUUCUUAAGCGCUAACAGCAACCACAACGGAAACAACAACAACAACAACAACAACCAUUUUUUGUAGUAGUUUUUUAAAGAGACUAGAAGCGGAGAUAACAUUAUAUGUAUUUGUGUCUAAAAAGAAUGUUCGUAAAUAACACAAUCAAGAAAAAACAAAAUAAACCGAAAUAAAACCAAA